AUGCAGGAAGAAGGGACAUACAACUCACUCCAGUGGGAUAAUCCAACACCAAGCCCUUACCAGAAACAUCUGUCUUCCACCAAAUGUUCAGGAACAUGGUGUCUUCUGGUGGUGAUUUCAUGUAUUUUCUGCGUGGGCUCAGUAACAACCUCUGUUUUCCUGGGCAUCAAGUUGUUCCAGGUGUCCACUAUUGCAAUGAAGCAGCAAGAGAAACUCAUCCAUCAGGAGAGAACAAUGUGGAAUUUCACACGAUGGCAGAAAAACCAUAACCUUCAGGUGAAAUACUGUCAAACCUUGAUGCAAAACUCCUUCAUUUCAGCCCAUAACUGCAGCCCUUGUCCAAACAACUGGAUUCAGAAUGGUGGAAGUUGCUACCAUGUCUUUGAAAACUGGAAAAUCUGGCACACCAGUAAAGAGGACUGUUUGAAGGAGGGCUCUAAUCUUCUACAAAUAGACAGCAAAGAGGAAAUGGACUUUAUCACUGGCAGCCUGAGGAAGAUCAAAAGUGGCUAUGAUUACUGGGUGGGACUGUCUCAGGAUGGUCUCAGCAGAUCGUGGCUUUGGCAAGAUGGCUCCGCUCCUCCCCCUGACCUGUCACCAGUAAAGACACUCCAAUCAACUAACCAGCUUUGCGGAUAUCUCAAGGACAAGUCCCUGUCUUCCGCUAACUGCAGCAUUUGGAAAUAUUUUAUCUGUGAGAAGUAUGCAUUAUGAUCCUCUACCUGA